CUCACCUGCAGCCCCUCCCCUCAUUAGUCCCUCAUUCCCUUCUCACCUGCAGGGGGGGGGGGUGCUAGUGACUAUUUUUUUGCUUCAUCCCAAUGCGCGCAGACCGGCGUCGGAGCUCUGCAGCGGAACAAUCGAUCGGCGUAUUGAGCACCCCUGCAUUCAAGCAUUAAAUAGCCGAGAGGUUUUUUCAGCGUGAGGAAUUCGAUGUGUGGCGGGAGUGCGUGAGAUGAGACCGAAAUGCGUGAGAGCCCUGCGUUCACAUGGAGCGCUGAAAGAAAACGGAUAUCAGACUGUAGCUCGUAGCUCACGCUAGCUACGAGCUACGAGGUAGCUUGAACAUGGGUAUAAUGGCUACGUUAUUAUUUGUUGUCCUACUCUUAUGAAUACAAGACUUUAAUCAACGUCACGGUGCUCCUCUGAGUUCAGGCUGCUCUUCAUCGUCUCCUCGUCUUCAGGGGGCCGUCUCCCAGCCGCGCCCAGCCUGACCCGAGGUGCUCCGCGGGGCUCAGGCUGUCAGUCCAGUGAUUGGCUCGUGACCUGCUGACAGGCGGAGUCACCAGAGUAGUUGCUAGUCAGAGGUCAGUGGGAGGAGCCAGUGGGGAGAUGAUGUCCAUGCAAAUGAGCGAGGCCGACGGCGUGGUGAAGGUGGCCGAGUGGCAGCAGACCUACUACGCCUCGGACUCCGGCAUCCAAUCGGGAGCCACCACCGUGGACGAGAGCAGCACCGAGUACAGCGGCCGCAAGAAGUACUGCGGCGGCACCGCUGCCCCCUGUGGGGCGGGAGGAGACACUGCAGCCGGCGGACUGGACAGCCCUACAGAUCUAGACAACCAGUACUCCCUGACCCGGGCUCAGCGGGUCAGAGCCGCCAUGUUCCCCGAGACUCUGGUGGAGGGCGAGGAGGCCAUGCCCGUCCAAUCGGAUCCUUCGCAGCAGAGCAACGUGCAGCGCCUGGCCGAGCCCUCCCAGCUGCUGAAGACGGCCAUCGUGCACCUGAUCAACUACCAGGACGACGCGGAGCUGGCCACCCGGGCGGUGCCGGAGCUCACCAAGCUGCUGGGGGACGGGGACCCGAUCGUGGUGAACAAGGCGGCCAUGAUCGUCAACCAGCUGACCCGCAAGGAGGCCAGCCGCCGGGUGCUGGUGCAGGCGCCCUCCCUGGUGGGCGCCGUGGUGCGCGCCAUGACGGCGGCGGCGGACAUGGAGACGGCGCGCUGCGCGGCCAGCGUGCUGCACAGCCUGUCGCACCAGCAGGAGGGCCUGGGGGCCAUCUUCCAGUCUGGAGGGAUCCCAGCACUGGUCCGCAUGCUCAGUUCCCCGGUGGAGUCCAUCUUAUUCUACGCCAUCACCACCCUCCACAACCUGCUGCUGCACCAAGAGGGAGCCAAGAUGGCGGUGCGCCUCGCCGACGGCCUGCAGAGGAUCGUCCCCCUCCUGAAGAAGAGCAACCCCAAGUUCCUGGCCAUCACCACGGACUGCCUGCAGCUGCUGUCCUACGGCAACCAGGAGAGCAAGCUGAUCAUCCUGGCCAACGGGGGCCCAGACGGCCUGGUGUUCAUCACCAGGAACUACAACUACGAGAAGCUGCUGUGGACCACCAGCCGGGUCCUCAAGGUGCUGUCGGUCUGCCCCAGCAACAAGCCGGCCAUCGUGGAGGCCGGUGGUAUGCAGGCGUUGGGUCAGCACCUCACUGGUUCAAGUCAGCGUCUCAUCCAGAACUGUCUGUGGACGCUCCGCAACCUCUCAGACGCUGCAACCAAACAGGACGGGCUGGACGGGCUGCUGCAGAUCCUGGUGGCCCAGCUGGGGUCAGACGAGGUCAACAUGCUGACCUGUGCCACCGGCAUCCUGUCCAACCUCACCUGCAACAACGCACGCAACAAGACGCUGGUGACGCAGUUCGGCGGCGUGGAGGCGCUGAUCCACGCCGUGCUGCGGGCCGGGGAGAAGGAGGACGUGGCGGAGCCGGCGGUCUGCGCCCUGCGGCACCUCACCUCUCGCCACCAGGACGCCGAGCCGGCCCAGAAUGCCGUGCGCCUGCACUACGGCAUCCCGGCGGUCGUCAAGCUGCUGGGGCAGCCGCACUACUGGCCCGUCGUGAAGGCGACGGUUGGUUUGAUCCGGAACCUGGCGCUGUGCCCGGCCAAUCAGGGGCCGCUGAGGGAGGCGGGAGCUAUUCCACGAUUGGUCAACCUCCUGCUGAAGGCUCACCAGGACACGCAGAGACACGCCUCUUCCGCACAGCAGACAUACCAGGGUCCAGAGUCCAGAGCCCAGGGUCCAGAGUCCAGAGUCCAGGGUCCAGAGUUCAGAGCCCAGGGUCCAGAGUCCAGAGCCCAGGGUCCAGAGUCCAGAGCCCAGGGUCCAGAGCCCAGGGUCCAGAGUCCAGAGUCCAGAGCCCAGGGUCCAGAGCCCAGGGUCCAGAGUCCAGAGCCCAGGGUCCAGAGUCCAGAGCCCAGGGUCCAGAGUUCAGAGCCCAGGAUCCAGAGUCCAGAGUCCAGAGCCCAGGGUCCAGAGUCCAGAGCCCAGGGUCCAGAGCCCAGGAAUGGAGCCCUGUGGUACCACAAGGUACCUCCAUGUGGACUGGGCCUCACCAAUGGAGCCCUGUGGUACCACACGGUACCUCCAUGUGGACUGGGCCUCACCAAUGGAGCCCUGUGGUACCACACGGUACCUCCAUGUGGACUGGGCCUCACCAAUGGAGCUCUGUGGUACCACACGGUACCUCCAUGUGGACUGGGCCUCACCAAUGGAACCCUGUGGUACCACACGGUACCUCCAUGUGGACUGGGCCUCACCAAUGGAUCUCUGUGGUACCACACGGUACCUCCAUGUGGACUGGGCCUCACCAAUGGAGCUCUGUGGUACCACACGGUACCUCCAUGUGGACUGGGCCUCACCAAUGGAGCCCUGUGGUACCACACGGUACCUCCAUGUGGACUGGGCCUCACCAAUGGAGCCCUGUGGUACCACAGGGUACCUCCAUGUGGACUGGGCCUCACCAAUGGAUCUCUGUGGUACCACAGGGUACCUCCAUGUGGACUGGGCCUCACCAAUGGAGCCCUGUGGUACCACACGGUACCUCCAUGUGGACUGGGCCUCACCAAUGGAGCUCUGUGGUACCACAGGGUACCUCCAUGUGGACUGGGCCUCACCAAUGGAGCUCUGUGGUACCACACGGUACCUCCAUGUGGACUGGGCCUCACCAAUGGAGCCCUGUGGUACCACACGGUACCUCCAUGUGGACUGGGCCUCACCAAUGGAGCUCUGUGGUACCACAGGGUACCUCCAUGUGGACUGGGCCUCACCAAUGGAGCUCUGUGGUACCACACGGUACCUCCAUGUGGACUGGGCCUCACCAAUGGAGCCCUGUGGUACCACACGGUACCUCCAUGUGGACUGGGCCUCACCAAUGGAGCCCUGUGGUACCACACGGUACCUCCAUGUGGACUGGGCCUCACCAAUGGAGCUCUGUGGUACCACAGGGUACCUCCAUGUGGACUGGGCUUCACCAAUGGAGCCCUGUGGUACCACACGGUACCUCCAUCUGGACUGGGCCAAAUACCGUACCAGGGUGUAGAAACCAAGACGUCCUCAGAUGAGCUCACACACAGGGACAAGGGAGACGGACUCACAUACCUGGAUCAGAACGAGCAGCACGUUGGGGUUUGGGAUUAA